CCAUCAAGGACGGCUUUCCUCUUUGCCUUGCUGCCGUGGUGCGUCUGCCGCAUCGCCGUUAUCGCGAGCCAACCAACUCGUAGGCGAAAAAAAGUCCAGACUCCCCCCGGAUGGCGCGGCGUUGGAGAUCGACAGCACCAGAGCAGGGUGGAGCGGAUGAAGAGGGGGCCGGGCUCGGACGACAAAGCAGCCUGUCGUUCCAUAGAAAAUGAUCUCAUGGAAUGCUGGCGAUCCAAUAGUAGGCUCAGGUCUCGUUGUGAUUCGCGAAAACAGGACUUUUCGACUUUCACACUCCCGAGGGCCUCACACAUUAGGGGCCUGUAUAUUUUGUUUCGGGCGCGGUUCGUUACCACUCGAUCCACGCAUGGCCCGCUGACAGGUCAUCCACGAUACGAGACUAUCAAUACGGAACCAAAUCGCGUUGCUAACAAGCAGAGGACCGCAGUUGUAGCUUGUAGCCAGAUGGCCCCUAAAGACAGACCUAGAUGUGCGGCUCGGAAGGCUCCGGGGUUGAACGUCGAAAUCCGCAAGACCCGGAAGCAAAAGGUUAUGGCGUGGUUGUUGCCGGCGGCCAGGGCAAUCCGAUGA